UAUUAAAUAUUGUAAUCCGAGAUGAUAGCUGUAUAAAUACUCUCCAGAACACUCGUUUUGCAUCAGUUUUCAAGCAGACAGUAAAGUAUGAGAUCUUAUACUGUAUUACUGUUACUCGGGUUGGCAAUAGUCGCCUUGGUAGGCGCAGCCAGUAUGAAAGAGCCCAGACUAGUGGGUGGCUCCAAGAAUAAAGGCGACGAAGAAGCAUCAGAUGACGAUACAACAAUACGUGGUGAUGACACAAUAAUGGAUGGUGACGACACAACAAUGGGCAGUGAUGACGCAACAAUGGGUGAUGAUGAUUCCUCAGAUAAUGACGAGAUAUCAGUUCCAGAACUUCCCCUGAAAAAGCCUGAAUUAUUCACGGAGGCGUGGAAGGUCGCUUACUCUGCUAAACAACUCGUUAAUCAACCAAAAUGGAGACUGGCGGAAAACCAACCGGAAGAUGGAACGUACCAGGUCAGAGUAUACCCAACGCAAUGGUGGGCAAAGUCGUUCAAACAAUGCCUAGGUCAAAAGAAAGCUGCAGGCGAUGGGUAUUUGAACCUUUACUUUUACUUCAACGGCUUCAACUACCAGCGCCAAUAUCACUCGCUGACUUAUCCGAUCUUAGACACGGUAGAUAAAAGGCCAGAGCCUACAAUAAAACCAGAAACAACAAUCAAAUCUAAGCGAAACGAAAAGCGGCAUAGAAGACGAAAAAGCCCAGUGAAAGUUUGCCCUGUAAAGUAUUAUACACAGUUUUAUUUACCGAUACCGCUGACAAAAUAUGCCCCCGAAACCCCUGACAAGACAAUCACAUCAUUCAAAGCUCCCGAAGAAACAUUCUACGUGCGUUCGUAUUCUGGUAAUUACACUUCUGAAUAUUGCAACGAACAAGCCGGCGUCCUUUACUUAGAUUUGCUGAAGAACAACGAACAUAUCCGGGAAGACUAUUGGAUCUGUGCAAAAUACGAACCGCCAGAAGGCACUACGGAGCAAAAAUACGAAGUCUGGAUGAAAGAAAGACUGCAAUAAUGAACUUUGAAUAAAAUUCUCAUACGAACAAACCAAUAAAAAAUGU